ACCCACAUUUUUGUAAUAUCGAUAGUAGUUGUCUGCUUCUUUUCAUACGCUAAACAUCGUAAAAUUUGGAAAUAUAUUUUGAAAAUGAAUCAAAUAAUAGUAAUUUUUUCCUGUUUACUUGUUGUAAGCAUGGUUGCAGCAGCCCCAUCAGGCGCGGAUGACGCAACAUUGGUAGCAGUGAAACCAUUCCAAGUUGCAGAUUGUUCAUUGCCAAUAGAAGACGAUUCAGAGUUAGCAUGCAGAGCUAUGUUGCCUCGAUUUAUGUGGAGCGCUAAAGAAAAAACUUGUGUCAGCGAAUUUUAUGGAGGAUGUAAUGCUACUAAAAAUAACUUCAAAACUAAAGAAGAAUGCUUACAAGUUGCUAAACCUGUUUGUUCGACAGUAUAAAAUUACAAUUUUUCAAUUGGGAUACGCUCCAAAUCAGUAGUCAUCCUUUAAACAAUAAUUUUUCCAUGAAUUCUUUAAUUGGUACCUCAGUUACAUUUAAUGGAUGUUAUUGUUAUAAUAAAUUUAGUUCAAUAAAGUUAUAAUAAAUAAGA